CUUCCUCCUCCUCCGGAUACGCGGCGUGCCCAAGCGCAGCAGUUCGGAGCAGGAGCGGAAGCGGAAGCGGAAGCCGCCGAGAGGAGGCAGAACAAUGGCGUCGCCGUCGCAGUACGGCGUCAAAUACGCCGUCCACAUCAUCUCCUCUCACUUCGGCGACCUCGUCGCCAAGGUGUGCGAGUGUCUCCUCCGGCGAGGGCCGUUGACGCACCAGAACAUCGCCCGCUUCACGGAGGUGUCGGCUUCUCAAGUCAAAAACUGCUUGCUAGUCUUGAUCCAGCAGAACUGCGUUCAAGCCUUCUCCGUCGAGCAUCCAGGUGGUGUUGGCGAUGCGCCGAGACGUAGCACCGAGUACAUGGCAUUGUUUGAUAAUAUAAAUCAUCGAAUGAGGUUCCCGAAGUUCAUGGCUGUUGUGUCCCAGGAACUUGACAAAGAAUGCGUAGAACUGUUUCAAGGUUUGCUCCAGCAUGGUAGGCUGACACUGGAAAAGAUGAUUGACAGAGCUAAAUGUGGCCGAGAAGAUUCUACUGCUCAGGAUGCUACACGGGAAACCCUUUCUAAACUCAUAAAUGCUCGAUUUGUUGAACGCUGCCCUGACCCUGAGCCACAUCUUUCUCCACCAAGUGAAGAAGAAGCUCCUGCAAGAAAGCGAACCAAGUCUUCUAAGAUGGCCAUCGAGCCGGAGACUAUAGAAGAACGUGUGCUUGCUGCAGCUGCUCCAAUGGAAGCAAAAAGAUUCCUAAUUUUUUUUGAUACCACUACUGAAGAAGAUGGUCAGAAGACGGAGGAUUCUUUCCUUGGUGUUGGUGAGAAGAGGAAGAGUGAUGCUUUGGAAUCAGAUAAAGAACUUGGAAGUGAUGGCGACCAAGUUCUUUGGCGCGUCAAUGUCCAGGAGUUCAUGCAUCGUUUUAGGCAUAAGGCUUGUGUUGAGAAUGUUCGGGAACGGUUGGAUGGUGGAGCUGCUGUUGCCCUAAGUGCAAUGCUCGAGACAUCCAGGAGCAUGGAGAAGAAAGUGAAAACAGAUAAUUCUGUUCCGCUGUCAAUUAAUACCAUUUACGAAGAGGUUAUGAAAGGAGAAGCAGGUCGUUCUAUGACAUUGGAUCAUCUUAGAGCAUCUCUUGUUAUGUUGGGUUGUGAAAGAGGGGCAGACGAGUCAUAUAAAAUUGAUUUGAAGAACAUUAUUGAACAAGCUCAGAAUGAGGAGGUAGAGUCUGUUGUCUUGGAAAGAUACGGCCGGGUAGCUUACAGAAUAUUUAGGUUGCUGUCAAAGGCCAAUCGGCUACUUGAGACUGACAAGAUUUCCGAUACUGCAUUUGUGGAUAAGAAGGAGAUAUCAAAAAUUCUUUGUAGGCUCUGGAAAGACGAAUUCUUGCACAUGGAGAAAGUAGUUGUCACUGCACCUAGACAAAUGCAAUUCUUGCUGUGGAAAGUAAACAAAUCUACUCUUUGGCCACAUGUACUGGAUGAGAUGUACCAUGCUGCGUUGAAUCUGAACCUGAGGGUGGCCUACGAACUGGAGAAAGAAAAUGAGCUUCUGAAUCUUCCCAUUGAGAAAAGAAGUGGGCCGCUUGAGAAGAGGUACAGCCGGUUAAGAACAGUGAGGUUGCUGCUCGAAUCAUCUCUGAUGAAGCUUGAUGAUGCUAUCAUGCUGUUCCAUGACUUCUGAGUCUUGACUGCAUGGAAAUGCUAAAGCCAGUUGAUUGUGUAGACAUCUAUCUGAGGAGCGCCAGCUCAAAUCGAGAGAUGAGAAGAGAGUUGUGAUUUGACUUAUGAUGUUCCAGAGGAGUAAUAUGCUUUGAGGCAAUGGUGAUUUGAUCCCCGAGAAAGUAACUUUUAACAUGUUACUAAGGAUUGAGCUGACUGCAUCAGGAACCUGGGUGUUCAUGCUGACUAUUAAGGUAGUGCUCCUGAGUUAAACACUGAAGCAAACUGAUAGGUCUGCAUCAAGUCUAAAAGGGCAUAGGAGUUCCUUCGUUCUGCAUUCUGGGGCAAGAAUGUAAACUUUAGCCGCUUGGAGUCACAAGUCCAACAUGACCACUCGUUUGUGGUGGUAUUCACUUUGUUCAUAUUAAAAAGCAGAGUAUCUUUGUACAUCUCUAGUUUUAAUGGUUUAAGUUUAAUUUCAGCA